AUGGGCUGGGCAUCACUGGCUCUGGGGCUCCUUGUCCUAAUCUCUGCGUCCUAUCAGCAGGCAGCGGGUAAGACAUGCAAGGAGGCAGGCGGGCAGUGCUUGGGAGACAGACGUGCACAGAUCUGCUCCCAGUACUUGGACUCCUCCCUUAGCUGUGAUGAGGGCAAAGUGUGCUGUACGAGGAAAGGUCCUGCCAGUAGCUCAGACCUUCUCGACAGCCUGAAGGAUGAGGAUAAUACGAUAAAAGAAGUCUGUCGGUCCGGGAAGAAAUGCAAGAAGGCCCAUGGAGUGUGCCAGUCUAUGUAUGAGAAGUGUAAGGGCAAAACACUGAAGAAAGGCUGCAAGGAUCAUGGCUGUGUCUGCUGUGUCCCCAAGCUUGAACCCAAGUGCAAGACCAAGAAACCCUGUAAGAAGAAGAAGGGUGUGUGCCAGUCCAAGAAGGAGCAUUGUAAGGGCAAAAUCAGCAAGAAGGGAUGUAAGGGCAAGGGCUGCGUCUGCUGCUACAAUAAGAAAACCACGCCUGUUACCUCAACAACCACCACCACUGGCCCUGACAUCACUACCACCAGCACUAUCAGUAGUACCACCACUGUCAGCAGCACCACUGUCAGCAGCACCACUGUCAGCAGCACUACAACUACAGUCAGCAGUACCACAGUCAGCAGCACUACAACUACUGUCAGCAGCACCACUACCACUGACGGGUAG